UGUUGUGGUCGAAGACAUAUCCUAACGGACAAAUAAGAAGGUAUCACAACUGGAAGAAAUGAGCAAACAGAAAACCCUGAUACGCUGCCUGUGCUCGUUAUUGUGCCUACUGAGCACCUGCUUAUGUGCGGUUUUACCCGGUCAUGUCCAGUUUGAUGGUAACGUAACGAGUUUAGACGUUCAACGCACACAGAUUGAGAUCACCGAGGUAUCCUCUGAGCCUGGUUCGUAUAGACAGAGAGCGUUUAUCCAUCCUGAUGGCACCUUUGAGCUGAACAAUAUACCGAAAGGCGAAUUCGUCUUGACCGUAUUAUCCAUUGACUACAAUUUGAUCCCAUUCAAAGCCAGAGUGAUUGUGAAUGAAGACGAUGAGGUCCACGCCUACGUGCUCCAUGCAACCAGUCAAUGGGAUAAGCUUGGACAGGAAAUUCCGUUGCCUAUACAGAUAAUUCCUAAUCCAAAACAACCGUUACGUGAAUACCUUGUCGAGAGAACCCCAGGUCUUUUGAAAUCUGGACCGAUCGCCACAGUUCUGAACAAUCCACUGUACUUGGGAGCCGCCAUUCUGUCGUUGGUAGCAAUUGCAGCACCGUAUCUCAUGGAGAAGUUUGACCCUGAAACGGCAAAGGCUGUCCGCGAGGAAAGGGCAGCCUCUCGUCGUGAGAAGAUCAAACCUUCGCAGGCCGCCAUUGAAGCCACUGAAAAGCUACAGUCGAGUGGUAACGAAGUAAAGGCUGGCAGCAAGAGUGACUCGACGCUAAAGAAGAGAAAGAAUUGAAUAGCAGUAGCCUCGACGUGGCAUAGUAUUGGGGGGAAGUGGAAGAAGGAGGCAGAAAAGGUAUCACUAAACAUCCAAACACCAACAUACAAGUUCGUUUACCUAAUCACUUAGUCAGCCCAAAAUGGGACAAUAGCCUGCAACUGAACCUCAUCGCCAGUUGUUUUACCCGAUAAGAACAUUGCUGCGUAGCUUAGCAAGAUAAGAGACGAC